GUUAACAUAGUCGGUUUGUAAACAAUAGAAGCACUAGCUCCCCACGGCAGGGGAGUUUAGCUGUUAUUUUUAUCCUAUAAGCUACACAAAAUGUCGACAGCUCACGAAUCAAGAGGAACUAUGGGUCACGGUGGAUUCCAUCGCUGGGUGAAAUUGUCAACAGAUGACUUGCCAUUGAUAAGACCUCCAAGACACCACAUGCUUGCUCAUGUGACUGGGGGUUUGAGUAAUCUCUAUGAUGAUGUAAAACAAACCAAAAAAGAAGAUGCAAAUGAAGUAAAAACACCAUACCAUGAAAGUGAAAGUUUUAAGGAAGAUUCCAAGGAAAAAGUUGAAGAAGAAGAAGAAGAAGAGGAAGAAGAAGAUGAUGAUGAUGAUGAAGAAGCAAACACAAAGAAUGGUCAUGCAGAUAAUGAAGACAGUGCAGAUGAUGUUGGUAAUAUAAAACCAGAAGAAAAUACUAAAGAAGAAAAUAAUAUCGAAAAGUCAGAAAAAGAAAAUGAUGAUGGUGAAAGAGAAAAUGCAGAAGAUGAAAAAAAAGAAGAAAGUAGCCAGAAUGAGAAGAAAGAUGAUGAGGGAGGAGGGGACCAUAAAAAGGAAAAUGAGGAGGAUGAAGAAGAAGGUAAGGAAAGUUUUUCCAAACCUGAAGAAGAUGACUUAGAUAAUGAAGAUGAAGAAGAAGAGACUACUCCUUACACAGAUGAAGAAGGGGAAUUCUCUCCAGAGAAAGAAAUGCCACUUCUUGCAGGGCGAUUCAAAUACACUCAGGUCUUGGCAAGAGGACAGUCAGCCAUAAUCAUCAAAGUUCUGGACACAUUUCACAAGAACAGACCGCUGGCGAUCAAGGUGUUGCAUCGUGUUUAUAAGCCCAUAGGAUCUCAGGAAGCUGACAUUCUUUUGGAACUUCACCGAGCUGACCCAUGGUUGCAUGUACCCUUUGCUAGACUCUUGAAUCAAUUUUUGUAUGGCCCUCACUACUGUUUGGUGUUUGAGUACCUGAGCCCAACACCGCUGUACACCCAUUAUGAUCAGCGGGACAUUAGGGAAGCCACAGCCCUGCCCCACAUCCGUGACUUAACAGUAAAACUCCUCACCGUCCUGGGUUUUCUCUACAAACAGAAUGUUAUUCAUGCUGAUCUCAAACCAGAAAAUAUUCUUUUAAGAAGUGAGGAGGACCUGGCAUCGCUGAUGGUAGUGGACUUCGGGAAUGCUCUACGAAAUACAGAUGAAGAACUCUCCCUCUAUUACUCUGACUUUGAGUUGCAGACUCUACUGUACAGGGCACCUGAAGUUAUAUUUGGAAUGAAAUUCAGUUUAGAGGUUGAUAUGUGGAGUUUAGGGUGCCUCCUGGCUGAGUGCUAUUUAGGUGAACCACUCUUCAUGGGCAAGUCUAAGAAAGAAAUUUUAAAUAAGAUUACUGCAUUGUUAGGACCAUUUCCUCGGGAAUUCAAUGAUGGUGAAUAUGCUGAGGAAUUUUCAGAUUUUAUUGGUCGUCCUAUGUCUAGAUAUCAACGCCUUGAAAAUCUCCGUAAACGAUUAAAUGACUGUAAAGAUUCUAUGUUCCUCAUGCUUGUAGAGAGACUUCUUACAUAUUUACCAGAUCGACGGUUUACUCCAUUUGAGGCAGCGUGUCACCCGUUUGUGGCUUGCUCUACUCCAUUUUUAUACCUCACACCUUCUCCAGGUUACAUCAGAUACCCAACUGUAUUACUAGACAUGUCCACUUAUCCAUAUCUCCCUGGGCUCCCUGAUGAUGAAGAUGAAGAUUCUGCUUCAGCUCAUGGUCGAAAGCGGCUAGCAUUAUUUUCAAGGCACAAACGAUCUAAUCAAUCAAAUGCAUCUGGACAGUCUCAGAAACUAGGACAGAAAGAAAAGGAUGGACACGGUCAAGCGCCUAAUGCUGGAUCUGGUGCUCAGAGUAAUGUUGGGCCUGGCGGGAAAACAGCCACACGUUCUGAUGUAAAAGAGACACUCAAAUCAAUGGGGCUAAGGUGUGAGGAUUUCACAAUUAGUGUUUACUCAAGGGAACAAGCACAUGCUAUACUGAGGCGACAGGGUGUAGAAGUAACACCAAAUAACUUACCUUCUAGAGAAAAACUUGCUGCACUAACUGGAAAAGGAGGAUAUAAAAAUGCUAAGUCUGUUGAAGUUCCAAAAGUAAGCCAUAAUAUGAGACAAGGAAACAUAGCAAACAGUCGGAAUGCCAUUGCGCACUAUGAUAGUGGUGAUGUAGAUGAUGAUGAUGAUGACUGUGUCAUUUUAGACCCACCUGAUAUGCCAAAAUGUGCCCCAAAGCUACCACAACAGUUUCAGUUAAUGGGUACAACAGUACAGGUGAAUCGUGGAGCUAAACGGCCUAGUAGGCCUAUGACCAAUCAACCCCAGGCCAAAAGACCAAAUGCCAGACCUACAAUGUAUUAUCGUAAAGAUCAUGAGCAAGAGUAUGGUACUGAGGCAUCAGUUCAAGACACUUUGAAAAGACUCAAGAAUUACAACAUAUCUAUUACAUGCCGACGAAAUGCAUCUGGUUUAAGACCGCAAGGGGGUGCAUUGGAUAGUGAAUCUGAUAUGGAAAAUGAAAGCCACUUAGAUUCUGACGAUGAGGGAGAAGAUAUGACUAAAUAUCUUGAAUGCCAGAUUGGAGAAAUAGAAGAUAUGCAGGAAGAGGAGAUUUUUGACGAUGACUUAGAUAUUGACUGUGACGACAAAGAUGAUGUAGAUUAUAAUCCACGAGGUAAGAAGAGAAGGCAAAAGAGUAGAACACCCCGCAAAGGAAAGAAAACCAGUGAGUCUGGAUCAACAGAUAAAACUAAUCGUGACUCAGGUGUAGAUGAGAUUCCAGAAAUUGUUCCAAGUGUAGAAAUGGGAGAACUGAGUGACCAACAAGCAUCAAAUCAUUCUGAAUAUGAUCAUGAUCCUCUUGCAGAUGAAAGUUUUGAAAAUCAUAAUGAAUUGCAGGACAUAAUGGAUAAUGCUGCUCAUUUAGAAGAGGAGGGUGAGAAUAAUCAGAACACAAACCAAGAAAAUGAUACUGAAGAGCAAGCCAAUGAGGACAAUCAUGAGACAGAAGAAGGAACGGAAACCAAUGAAGAAAAUAGAACUACGGAAGAAAGUAAGGAUGAAACUGAAAAUAUUUUGGGAGAAUUUGUUGAAACGGAAGAAACUGGCUCUCCUGCACCAAAGGAGGCCACUGCACCUGAUGAUGAGGAAGAAAUAGAUGAAGAAUUAGAGAAAGAGCUUCUUGGUGGAGAUUUGGGGGAUGGGGAAGAAGGAGAAACUGAAGAAGACUUGUAAACAUGUAAGUUUUCUCUGCAUUUGAAGCUUUUUCUGUGAAGGGCAAUAGGUACCAAAUAUGAAGUCAUGAGCAGGGAUAAAGUGUUGUCAUACCUCUCAAAUGCCUGCCUUUCCCAGUAUGAUGUUGAUGAAACUUGGUUACAUUUUUCAUUUGUGGAUUCUGCUAGACCCUGCAGGUUGAAACAUAUUCAGAAUUUUACAGAGCAAGACUAAGUAGAAUUUUGGGCAAAGAAAGAUUAUUUUGUACUGUUCUGUUGUAAGAGAUGUAGAUAUUAAAGCUGUGAGUUUU